AUGGCCCGCUCAAUGUCUCUUACGCCCAUGACCUGCUUGGUCUUUAUCCUCUCCAUCUUCAAUGUCGCGGCCCAAGCUGUCGACAUAGACGGCGUCCACGAGCUGGCGCCGCGGCAGAGCCCCAGCGCGGAUGCCGCCUCGCUUCCCGCCUGCCAGGACUACUCGCGCGUCGCCAACCUCUCCACCAUCGCGUUGAACUCGACCUACAGGGCUGCAUUCCUGCGCUCCUCGCCGCUGGGCUACAACCCGGCCUCCGCCAUCCUCGAUACCCAGUCGCCUAAGCUGACGGCGCUGAUGAUGGACGAGGCGCUGAACAAGCAGUGCGGAAACCUGUCCGAGGUCGCCAUGCUGGGCGCGGCUAUGAACCUCAGCAUGAACAUCGUGGCGGAUCUUACGAUCACCGAGGCCGCGGGCGUUGAUUCUGGUGACAUUGCGCUGCCAAUUCUAUCGGUCGCUUUCAUCCUCUUGUUUGGCGGAACUUGGAUCUGUUUGUAG